AUUUUUUCUGUUAUAUAUCAUUAAAUUUAUCGUUUUCCCUAUUUUUACCAAAGCAAAAUGUACUUGUUCCCUUGUACUUAUAUCUGAUUGAUUUCUCUUGGAAUUAUGAUGAUUCAAUGUCUCUUUCAAAUAAUCAACCAAUCUGCAACUGUAAUUAAUCACUUCAGAAAGUGGCAAGCAUGCAGUGGCAGUUUAAAUUCAGAAGGCACUUUUUGAUAAUUUAUUUUAAAACAAUUCAGUCAUUUCUUCUCUGAUCGGUGUGGAUUCAACACACAGGAGGAGAAUAGAAUGAGCAGCGAUGAUGACACAAACUCAAGAUCCGAAGUGAUUCCUUUAAAGCAACAUAAAAUACCACUAGAACUACGAACAGAUCCCAUCAAAGGUCGUGGUGUCUUUGCAACUGAGCCGAUCGAAAAGAAUACUUUGGUCGAGAUCUCACCCAUUCUUUUUUUCAAAAGCGAUGAAUACAAACAGCAUGGCCAAUAUACCAUACUUGAUCAUUACACUUACUGCUGGAAAGAAGGUGGAUACGCGCUGGCGCUCGGAUUGGGUUCGAUGUUCAACCAUCAUAGUAACCCUAACAUGGGUUUUAUUAGAGAUGUACCCAAUCAGCUAAUUAGAUACGUGACGUUACGCCGUAUUGAAAGGGAUGAAGAGUUAUGUAUAUCCUAUGGCAACCAUUUGUGGUUUGAGGACUCUACUGCUGCAGAUACUGCGAAGUCAGAGUCUGAAGACGAGCCAUUUCCUUUUGGUAGCACCAGUAUCGAAGAUGAGGAGUAAUGAACGAAAAGCAUUCAAAGACUGUUCACAGUUUAUGUAAUCUAGAACAAAAAAAAAUACACCUUUAUGUCCUUUUUGCCCCAUCUAUUCUUUGCUAUUCAGUCUACUGACUAUGGAACACGCCAACUUUUUUGAGCGUAUGCACGUCAUAAAAUUGCAUAAGAACCUUAUUAUGAAUAAAGCCAUUAGAGGCUUUGUAUUUAUUUAACUGAUCAUGAUGGUGUAGUAUUAUUAAGUCAUCCAUGGGUAACAUUACAUUGUCUUGUGCAAUUUAUGUUGGUUCGCAAUAAGCGUUUUACCAUUCACAGCAUCCACAUUCAACUUUUUUUCUUUUUUUCUUUUUUUGAUCUGGACAAAAAUGGUAAUUAUCAAU